AGAGGACACCGUACUUUCGGUAUCCGCCAUUUUACGUGAGGUGCAAGAAGGCAGAGGGUUUAUCCGUGUUACUUACUUGUUAGAUACAAUACUUUGAAGAUGGUGAAGUGGUGUAGUGCUGGGACUUGUAGAAAUCAUCAUUCGAUGAUAGAUAGUGAUGGAAAAUCCAAGUUUUCUUUCUUCAAGUUCCCCAGUCACGAAAAACAGCCAGGACGGAGGGCCCAGUGGGCGAGAGCUUGCGCUCGCGUCGAUGCCAUCACUCACAAGCCGUGGAAACCCAAGGACACCGUGCAAUAUGUGUACAUCUGCUCGGAACACUUCAUUUCUGGGCAGCCUUCCAAGGAGCCCGGCCAUCCAGAUUACAUCCCGACCAAAUUUGCUACGCUUGGGAAACUUCCAACAGCUGACAAGUGCCAGAAACUGAGAAGGUUCUCCAAUGCUAUGUCUCGUCAUGGCAAGAAGAUGCUUGGCAAAGAAAAUGGGCCCUCAACAAAGAAGUGCAGAGUGGCCUUCGAACCUCCACAGCAUCAACCUACUCCUGAUUCGCCUCAACCGUCGACCAGUUCAGUGUCUCCACCUUCCGUGUCUCAACAGAUGCUCUUUGAUGAGAUCUCUGCACUCAGGGCGGAAAGAGAUGCUGCUCUUGCUGAGAGGGACCAUGCUAGGGCCACCCUCAACUCUAUCCGGCUGUCUUCGAACACUGUUACUGACAACAAUGAGAAGUACGUCCAGCAGCUGGUGGUGGUUAAAGAAGAGCUUCUCCCUGUCCAGCAGGAGUGGAGCUCCAGUCUGGACCAGGAGGACCCAGAGCCCCCCCCACACAUUAAGCAGGAACAGGAGGAACUCAGGAUCAGUCCGGAGGGAGAGCAGCUUCAAGGGCUGGAGGAGGCUGAUAUCAUUGAGUUCAUCUUCACUCCUGUCCCUGUGAAGAGUGAAGAUGAUGAAGAGAAACCUCAGUCCUCUCAGCCUCAUCAAAGACAAACUGAACACCUGGAAACAGAAGCUGAUGGAGAGGACUGUGGAGGACCAGAACCAGCCAGGAGCUCAGAUCCAGAGAGCAGUUUACAACCUGAGACUGAGGACCACACUGGAGACUCUUCUGAACCUGACGCUGGAGACUCUUCUGAACCUGACACUGGAGACUCUUCUGAACCUGACGCUGGAGACUCUUCUGAACCUGACACUGAAGACAGUCUGCUUCUGUAA